UUUUUUAUCUCGCUCCGAUUAUGUGGACGGUAUUUCGAAAACCAAACACACAACACAUACACGCAAAUACCAUCUUGCAGACUGAAAAAGAAAACCAAUGAAAACAAUUUUUACCACCUAACUCAACAACAACAAGAAAAACGAAAUGAGCGAAUAAAUUCUAAGACCUGGACAGGACAAAGUAUCAUGUAGAUAAAAUAUUAUUUUUCCUCAUCUCUCUAAUAUAUAUAUAUAUGUAUGUUGAUAUCUCCAUAUGUGCAAAUACUCGCACUUAUUUACUGACCGUUUCCUUGGAAUCCUGAAAAUCAGAUUUUAUUUUUGGCGACUGACGGAUAAAAAACUUCAAGAACAGAAGAUAAAUUACGAGUUUUGUUGACUAUGUCCGACAAUUCGGGCAACAACACCUGGGAUGAAUCCUUCGACCAGAGCGUCAUCAACAUCUCCAUCGAUGAAACACCCAAAAAGAAACAUCAUGGUCCGCGCGAGCUUCCUACUCGUCGCAAGAUCGUGUACAGCCCGAAACCGGAGCACAAAAAGAAGCAGGAAUCAAUAAUCGAAUGGUUCGAUCGAUCUGUCGAAGAUGAACUCCACAAGAGGAGGUACGAUUCCUCAGAGCAGCCGGAGUUGCCAGAGCAUUCCGGAGGAAAGCACGCCGUCUUCGUAGAUUCCACCGCAAGCAACGUGGACGUCCAGGCAGGAUUACGCGGUGAAAGAGACACGGAACUGUACGAUGCAGUGGAUAAGUUCGCAAAGGCCGAGGCAAUUGUCGCUUUCGAAGGAGCGGUGAGAGCGGCAGAAACUGCAGCUGCAAACGCUCCUCCGGAGUUGGCCGAAGAGGCUGCAGUCGCCGGAGCUAAAGGUUACCAGGCGGAAUUGACCACCGUCGUCAAGCAGAAAGUUCCAGGAGUCAAACCCAUCGAGGUCAUUGGGUACGUCGGGGUGACUAGGCCAAAAUUUGCAGCGAAAAGAGUUUAACAUUGGUCCUAUCAAACUUAAUUUUUAUCGUGUAUACAAAGUGAUAGCAAAUGUUGAUUAAAUGUACAAGAGUAAUAACAUUUAUAAAUACAAACUGAUUUCUGCACAAUUCGACUUGUU